CAAUCUGCGCAAGCGUAUUAGAACCAUAUGAUGAACUAAUAAUUUGUAUCAUAUAUUGGAUAUUAACAGUGAUAUAGAAUUUGUAAACUUAAAUUUGCACUUAAAAAAAAUUAAGAAAUAAACGUUAUUUUAUUUUGUGCUUGUCCAAUAUUAUAAAAUCGUUGCAAUAUGUUGAUUACAAGUGUAAUUUCAAAAGGGAUUAAGUUUCGAAUUCCGAUAACAACUCAAAAAUUACACACUUUAAUUAAAAUGUAUUCUACCUCAUCUGGCUCAUCAUCUAAUUCAUCAUCAGACUCUCCAUCCGAUUCAUCGUCAGACUCGUCAUCUGAUUCUGAUUCAGAUACACAAAAUAUAAAGAAAAAAAAACCAGUUGCAGAUGUUUCUGCAAAAUCAUUGGAUGAUCUUAUAGAUAACCUAUUGUCGAACAAUAAAAAGAAAAUAGAUGUUGCUAUGCCUCCAAGAAAAAUUAUUAAAGAGGAUAAAUCAUCUAUAAUGAAAAAAAAUAAGUCGUACGAAGCACAACUUAUACAAGCUGCCGAAGAUAUAGCAAAUGCUUUUAAUAUAAAUAAGGGAGAAACAAAGACACAAUUAUUAAAUAGGUUAUCCAAUAUAUAUAAGGAAGAUUAUAAAAAGAAACAACAUGAAAACUUGAGUAAAAAACAAGACGAGAUCAUAUCAGGAUAUAGAUUUUCUAAAAAAAGCAAACAUAUGGGUAGUAAUGAACAAUGGAGAUACAAAGCUGAUAUUGCUCGUAAGUUUAAAUCUGAUGAUAAAAUAAGUAUUAUCCAGCAAUUACAGAUAGAGGAAAAACGAAAAAAGUAUCAGGCUGAAAGAACUCUAAGGAAAGAAAAACUAAGCAAAAAAGUAACAAUUUUUAAGGACAUAAAAGAGCCUACAACAAGCAUACCAAAAUUAUCCAUGUGGGAAUCCUUAGAAAAAAGAGAACUUGAUUUAAUUCUUUAUCAUUCUCCCAAAAAUAUUUUUCAAGAAAUGAUACAAUGGACUGAAUUAGGAAUAUUAUGGAAAUUUCCUAUUGAUAAUGAAAUUGGAAUGGAAGAAGAAAGUAAUGUGCAUUUCUCUGAACAUGUAUUUCUAGAACGUCAUUUAAAAGGUUGGUGCCCUAAAAGUGGUCCAAUACGUCAUUUUAUGGAACUUGUAUGCGUAGGUCUUUCUAAAAAUCCAUACUUGUCUGUAAAUGAAAAAAUGAAUCACAUUACAUGGUAUAAAGAAUACUUUAAAGAGAAGAAAGAAUUAUUAACAGAAUUAGGUGCAAUUAAUGUUUCAUCCACUAUAAAGGAGCAGACAAAAACUUAGAUUAUAAUAUAUUUAUAUACAUGCAGAGUUGACAUUGUAUAAAAAAGUUAUAAUCAAGUUGAUCACUCAAUAUAUAUUACUUAUUCCUUUUUAAUUAAGGAAUAGUUCUACAAAAUAUUAAAUUAUAACUUAUAUUGUAUAUUAAUACGAAGAAAUCGCACAUCUAACCAUAAAAAAUUGGUUGAUUACAAAAGAAAAAUAUAUAUACAACUAUUUCAAACGAAA